AGUUACAAUGCUUCGACUCUCUGGGCUCCUGCUGGCGGUCCUGCUGUUUGCGAUCACAGCUAUUGCCAAAUACCCAGAAGGCAGCAAAGACCAUCAGAAAAUUGAAAUUCAACUUAAGGUUGAAGAUGACAAUGACAAUCCUCCGAGGUUUAUUUCAUCGAUGAAAGCUGAGCUGGAUAAACGCAGUCCUAAAGAUAUGCCGAUCAAGGUGGAGCCGUACAAUGACCACUGCCCAAAGCUGACCACAGACUUAAUGUCGAUGUGCACAUCAGAGAACAAGCUGAUUGUUAAUGCUGAAGAUGAAGAUGCAUUUCCAUUUGGAGCACGUUUUAAGUUUAGCAUUGACCCAGACGGCACACAGGGGCGCUGGCAGGUGAAGCAACACAAUGAGAAGGCAGCUAUUGUGCAGGCGAUGGAGGACCUUUGGCCUGGUGUCUACAAACUGAUGUUUGUGGUGGAAGACCAACAGGGAAAGUCUUGCCCACAGUCACAAAAACUGAAAGUCCGUGUCUGUGUCUGUAAGGAUGGGGAUGUCUGCAUGAAACAAACUGCACCUCCUGCGAAGUUAGGAGAUGCAGGCAUUUGCCCUCUUUUUCUGGGACUGCUACUUCUACUUUGUGAGUACCACUGA